AUCUGCAUGUGUGCUCUACUUUGCAUUCAUUCGAGUCCUGGCUCUGACUUUUCUCCAAGUUCAAAGGUUACUGAAAUCCAGUGGGUGCAACGAAGCCCUCGGUUUUGAAAGAAAGAUGGAGCAAGUCUCUUUCUCGCCACUGUCCCGUCUUGCUAUAUGUGGGGGCACCCAUGGAAAUGAGAUGUCAGGGGUGUACAUGGUGAGAGAGCUGCAGAAACAGAAGUUAGAUCGGAAGGGAUCGGUUUCUAUAACUACCGUCCUGGCAAAUCCACGGGCAGUGGAUGCUUGCAGAAGAUACAUGGAAACAGAUCUAAAUCGCUGUUUCACAGAUGACUUGCUGAGUGCCCCCAUAACAGACUCGACACCUUACGAGUUGAGGCGAGCCUGUGAGCUGAACACUCAGCUUGGGCCAAAAGGAAGCCAAGAGGCUGUUGAUCUGCUCUGCGACAUCCACAACACCACCGCCAACAUGGGCAUAUGUCUAAUCUUGUACUCCUCCGACUGGAUCGCCCUGCAUAUUUACAAAUACCUACAGAGGAAGAUAACCUCUGCGCCUGUGAAAGCAAUCCUUUUGGAAACAACCUCUUCUGAGGCUUACUCCCUCGAGUCAGUGGGCAAACAUGGCUUCACGAUAGAAGUCGGCCCGCAACCCAACGGCGUGCUCAGAGCAGAUAUCUUCAACAUGGUCAAAGAGGCAGUGGACCUCCUAAUAGAAUGGCUUCAGAAAUUUAAUUCUGGAAGUGUUUUUGAAGGAGGUGAAGUGGAAGCAUUCACACCGGUGAGGAGUGUAGACUACCCAAGGGAUCCUACAACUAAUGACAUUACCGCUGCCAUCCACCCCGAGCUGCAGGACAAUGACUACACGCUUCUCCAUGCAGGCAACCCUGUGUUCCAGUCAUUUUCUGGGGAGACGGUGGAGCAUGAAGGAGAGGACCUCUACCCUGUCUUUGUAAAUGAGUGUGCCUACUAUGAGAAGAAGAUUGCUUUCCAUUUAACCAAAAAGAUCACUUUGACCUUGCCGUCUAUAAGCAUCAAAAAGGACAGAGUACAAAGGGAUAGAUAUGGUAUGUAUAACUAAUACAUUAUAAACUCAGAAUAAAUGUAAGUGUUCACUAAA